AUGGCUGCGCCGCCCGAUCUGAAGGUCCUCUGCCGUAGGUUGGCUUCAACGCCCGUCGAUGACCUCCCGCGCCUCUGUCCGUUGCUAGUCAACCAUGUGCUUCGUUGCGGCGGGCCAUUGUCUGCGGCCCAGGAUGCAAAUAAGGCCAAGGACAAGUCGUCAGAGACGCCAAUGCUAGUUCACAAGCUCAAGACGCACAUCACAACCCUCUUGACCGGCAAGAGUCCUGCAGGCCGCUUCGCUGCUGUGUGUCUAGUUAAGGCCGUCAUCGACGUGGGAGGUUGGGAAAGCCUCCGGGCAUCAGACGCCUGGCUUAGGGGCUUGAUCGGGGUGCUGCAGGUUUGUGAAAUCACCAAUCCGGGUCUGGGAACGAAAGAGACUAACAAUCCCCAGAAACCUGACCCCUUGGCCUCAAAAGAGCUAUGCAUCGUCACUUUGACCAAGAUCUACGUGCUGCUCCAGGGCUACCAGACUCUGGUUCGAGAGAUGGUCACCCCGACACUCCCAAGCUACGUGACAGCCUGCCUGCAACUCAUCAAGGCCCCUACCUCGGGUAGGCCUCCGAAGGUUCCGACAUCCUUCAUUGACACUGUCGCCUGUUCCUUGUCCAAGCUUGUGGUGCUCUACCCAACUACCUUGCGGCCGUCCGCCCCCCAAAUGAAGGCCGCUCUCAGGGCCUAUAUUGCCCCGACUUCGUUUGAUGAUGUUGUUGUUCCUCAGAGCUUGAGGGAGGCCUCCCGCCGAUUGUUUGUCCUCUUGUCAUACACUGCGCCCAAGAAUGGCAGCAGCGAGGAGUGGGUGAAGGCUAUUCGGUCAACAAUCCUGGACUCCCAUGGCACGGUUGACCAGAUCUUCCGUGCUGUGGUCGAGUCUUGGGAGUCAGCUACUGGGUAUAGAAGUCAGGCAGUUCGCCCUGGCCCCGAGCCUUCAGGAGGUGAUUCAGAGGAGAACUUGCCAUCUUGGAGUGGCGUACAGGCUGGCGCCGAGAGACUCAUUGGCUUGCUCGAGUUCCUCGCCGAGUACUUCAACAACCCGACCAAGGCCCCCGUUACCGUCCCGCUUGGGGAAAUUCUUGACUUGACCGCAAGGAUAACACUCGUGACGCCUCCCUCUGGCUCCGAGGAUUCAAUCGAAACAAACCCCGCCAUCGGGAGGGACGAGAAGGCCGAGCUGUGGAGUGCCCUGCCAGACAUCCACAUCGCCGUCCUCCGCCUGCACCACGCCCUCGUCCGCCGUCUGCACGAGAACGCCGUCCCCCUUGUCACCGACAUCCUCGACCAGAUGGUCCGCGUCUCCACCGCGAGCCGGCACAUCCCCACCAUGCGCGAGACCGCCUACACGCUCACCAACCAACUCCUUCUCCUCUCGGGCCCAACUCUCCCCAAACUCACCGUCGACUCCCUCGCGCCACUAAUCCAAUCCACCUGCCACGACAUCCUCCUCUCAACCAGCCACCUCGACCCCAACCCUACCACCACCACCCCCGCCGCCACCGCCACAAAACCCCAAAAACCCAACCCCAACUCCACCACCUCCACCCUCACCAACGCCGACGCCUACCUCGCCACCUCCGCCCCCACAGCCCACCACCACCACCACUACCCGCACCUCACCGCCGCCACCGCCCUCCUCCCGCUCUUCCUCUCCCACCUCCCACAACGGAACCUCGCGCCCGACCUGCGCGGGCUGCUGGGACCGCACGGCGAUCCUCCUCGCACAGCCGCGACGCCAUGCUGGCCAGCUGCCUGCACCCGUUCCCGCGACAGCCGCGGGCGGUACUACGCGAGCGUGCUGCCGUUUUUGGUGAGGCGGUUUCCGCGGGAUCAGGCGGUGGAGGUGGUGAGGAGUAAUUUGGUGAGGGUGGUGGGGCGGGGUGUUCGUGGUUGGGGUUGUAGUGGUAAAGGGGGUGAAGAAAUGAAGGAGGGAAAGGAUGAGGAGGAGGAGGAGGAGGAGGAGGAAGCCGUGGAUGGUGGGGAGGAGAAAAAGGACGGGGGUAAAGCGGAGAAGGGGACAGGAAAGGUAGCCAGCCGGUUUGAGUGCGGAAUAGAUGGGACGAGAAUAGAGCGUUUCGAGCUCGUCGGCGGUGGUGAGUGCCAACCCCUAUGCGGUGGUCAAAAGCAAUGCGCAGGAAACACAAGGGGUGCCGGUGCGGUCAGCGUCGCCGCUGAAGCGCAAGAGAGAGCUGUUUGA